AUGGAAGAUUAUCGCCGUAAGUUUGAAGUAUUGUUUGCACCAUUACGAGAUAAGAAAGAAGACACACUUUGGGCAGCCUUCCUAAAUGAGCUCAGGCCAGAAAUUAAAGCAGAAGUCAGGCCAUCGAUGUGGGGACAAACAGUUCCAGUCAUUCUGAUUAAUGAGGAGGGUACCCAGGAUGAGAUGAACAACAGUGGAGGUGAGUUGAGUGAAUCCGUCGUAGAACAAUUGCAAAAUGAUGCGAAGCUUUCGAUUAGUUCUGUUGUUGGUAUGACCCCUUUUAAAGCACUUUAUGGUCGCGAUCCUCCGUCUAUCCUUAAGUUUUUCAAUCAUGGUUUGACUGUCGAUGAAGUGAAUUGUCAAUUGCAAGCUCGCAAUGUCAUCUUAGCAAAGUUGCAGGAGAAUCUCCUCAAAGCUCAAGGAUGCAUGAAAAGCUAUGCAGAUACAAAAAGGGGGGAAGUUCAACUGGAAGUUGGGGAUUCAGUUUACCUUAAGUUGCAACCCUACUGUCUUCGCUCUUUAGCUCAUCGGUAUAAUGAGAAACUAAGUCCCCAAUUUUAUGGCCCUUUUGAAGUUAAAGAAAUGAUUGGUACAGUGGCCUAUUGCUUGAAUCUACCCCCCACAGCCCGCAUUCAUGAUGUUUUCCAUGUGUCACAACUCAAGAAAACCAAGUACCCACCACCUACUGCCCAACCUUUCCCUGCGACACUGGAUGAAGAUCUUGUUUUGAAGGUCGAACCAGAAGAGGUUUUACGUAUGCGGAAACUUCUAAAUGGUACUUUGGAAGUCUUAAUCAAAUGGAAAGGUCUGCCCAACUAUGAGAACACUUGGGAGGAAUUCACCUCCAUUGAUCUCCAAUUUCCUUUAUUCCACCUUUGGGACAAGGUGGCUCUCCUUGGGGAGGGUAAUGAUGGGACCCCUUUAGUGCACGUCUUUAGUAGAAAAAAUAAGAGAGUGAAUAGAGGAUGGGGGCAGGAUUUACCAAGCAGAGGACAGUCCUAA